GCAUUUAUUUUGCCCCUGGCGUUAUGUCAGAAAACGAUAAUAAAGUUUCAUGGUUGCUCGAGUACCUCCGAACUUUAUCCUGCGAGAUUGACACCGAGGUCUUAUCUGAGUACAUUGCUGGAAUACUGGAUGAUUCGGACCUAAGCGAAGAAGAACUGCGUUCCGAACUCGGCGCGCUUUUGUCAGCCUACAUGUCAGACGACUUGUGCUCCUCGUCAGUCACACACAUUGUGCACCAUUUCCGUCAAGUGAAUGACUUGUCCAGGAGCAACGCACUUUCCGCUUCGGAGACAGCGGAUCAAGAAGGCAUGUUGCGGAUCGAGCGGCGAGUAAAGGAGUUACUGCUAAAAGAUUACGAGACACAAUUACAGACAGCACCAUUACAUAACAGAAAUUCCUCUACUACUGAUGCACUUCGGGACGCUUCGGAGACGGGGUACCAAAGCGGUUCAGAAGAUGAGCAGGAUAAGUCAUCUGCAAGUGCAAAGUUCCGAGCACGACAGCGUGGUGUCAACACCAAGCAGUCUUCCCGAUUGAAUGGUUCCACGGUCGCAGUGGAUGAUGGGAGUGAUGGCGAUGUUAACGCAGAAGACUUGGAGGCGAUGAGCGGAUACGGGAGGAACUUCUGUGCCGCAGGUUCCAAAUCGUCGGCACAACCUGGGACGGUGCAAAAUGCUCUGUCUACGCUUAAUCCCUCGCUGUUUGGCAAUUCCUCCGUCCCACUUCCGCCUGUGACAUCAUCCAUAUCCCCUUUAUCUCAUACGCCCGCCCCGCGCCCAUCUGAAAAGACUAGAUUGGAGCCUUCGGAGUCGGCUCACCUCGUGCGUCGGCGAUUAGAGGCUACAUGGAAGGCACAGUCUGAUCUGUUGCCACGCACUGAGAAGAAAAAGAAGCUCCCAGCUCCGUCGAAGCACAUGGCCAAAGUUGCAGCCAAGGCGGAGUCGAAACACGUGGAUCGGGAUCAGCAGCGUGGUUUCGCAAGAGCUCAGCGGGAUGAGAUGGACGCUUUUCUCGUCAGCGAUUCAGAUUCCGUCUCCGAUUUUCGACGACCGCUACUCAGUGAUAUCCACCUCUUGGAUAUAACUUGUAUGGAUCAUACCGUUCCUCCGGUUCACAGCCUUGGCAUAUGCUUAGUCGAGAUCUACGCAUGCAAUUACGUCAAUUCUGAGCAGUUUCGGAAUAAUUUUGAGUUCAUUCGGCAGAGGAUGCUGAGGACUCUCAAACCAUCCUGCGACCACCUCUGCAAGCUGCAAAAUAAAGCUACGGGAUAUUUUGUGUCGGUCCCCCAAUGAAACACCGGUAUGAAGCUAUUGCUUGUCAGCGUCCUGCUUGCCUCGCCAGAAAUGUCUUUAUUUUUUUACUUUUCAUUCCGACCACCUUACGGAAUUCGUCAAACAUUUGUUUUUUGCUCG